AUGACUUCAACGCCCUCUCAUCAUGAAGACAAAAGCACUUUGAACAACACAACACGACCCAUAGUCGUGUCAGAGGCACGGAGUCGAGUGAUCAUCCUGGAGGAACCUCAAGAUGAGCAACAUUUACUUAACAAAUCAGACAGUGUAUGCUCCACAACAAGCUCUGAGCUAUAUGCAGUUCCGUAUGAUGACCUUUCAUUUGAAACUGAUACUACCAACACCCAUGUUAGCAAUCAACCAAAGAUGAUAAUGUUUAAUUUAGGUAGUAGUUCUAGCUCUUCAAAAACACCUACAAGCAAAAAACGUGAUGAUUCCGACUGUAGUCUUGAACUGACCAUUCACUAUCAAAAAAUCAACAAAGAGUUUUCACCGGGAGAAGUUAUCCAAGGAUACCUAAGACUAAACACUCCUAUUCACAUUGAUCUAGAGAAAGCUGAAGUGCAAUUAAUUGGAAAAGAGCGAGUUUUCUUGACCCAUGAAGAAAAUAUUUUUAUGAAGAAAGAGACAAAUUUUCUUUACUUAUCAAUGGAACCUGGAAAUCAUACGUUGGAGUUUUCUUUUGCAGUAGAUCAUGCUUUACCACUUUCUUUUACCAAUCCACAUUGCAGCGUGGAUUAUUAUAUUUGUGCACGAGCCGAAUGUUGCACUCCAAGCGAAUUGAAACGGCUGCUUACAAGCACUUCUGUUUUAACAGUGAAAAGAGGAAGUCAUGAAAUUGCACAAACACCUGAAAGGGACAUCUCAAAAAAUCUUCACACUUUUCAAGUUAUCGAAAGUGAAUCCGUGUCAAUAGAGAUGCAUACUGAAGUAGAUCCAAGUCACACGCUAUCCAUUAUAUUAAGAGGUUUAUCAACCUUCGAAAACAUCAAUUUUAAACUUCGGGAAGAAAUUACUCACAAGAACAGUUCGGUCAUGCAACAUCAGCUUAUUGAUGUCGAACCAGAGGUGAUAGAGCAAAAGGACGAUUGCAUUCAAAUAGAAUUAGGGAUACCAGAGCACUUUUCAGAGUCUACCCCAAAUUGGAUGAUAGAGAAUCGAUUAUUUCAUUUCCGACAUUUCUUACAAGUUAUUCCAACAAACGCUUCUGAAAGGCAUAUACCAAUUUUCAUUCAUUCGUUCUCACAAUCAUUAUCCACCAAAUCACCAAAAUUUAAUGAUGAGGAAUGUUCAACACCAUUGUUAAUGAUGAAGACCAUUCUUUCAACACCCAUGCAUUUCUCCUCUCCAUCCGAAAACAAACGAAAACCAAAGCUUGGACAUGACAUUGGUUCAUUAUUUUCUCAAUAUAAUCCGAGUUCUCCAACCCACAAAGCAUACAUCAAUCACAAGGUUACAGUUCAUGGCCGAAAACUUUUUUCUCCAGCUAAACACUGCGGUAAAUCUGAAAAGAGUUUUCUCAAUGAAUCAAGUAUUGAGGACAUUAAUAUACAAAUUGAGAAAACAAGGAAGCAUGUGGAACGGCUGAAUGAGCAGCUUUCUCUUUCUUGUCCUCCAUUUAAAGCCGAAAAAGACGAAUUUGUUGCUAAAUACUUCUCCAAGCUAAUGGGACCAGCAAGCGAGUUGCGUGACUUUAAUGAUGAGUUUUGUUUUACACCACCUAAAGAUUCAAAAACUGCUGGCCAAUCGCAACGGUCACCAAUAGAACGUCUCACUCUUGCUGAAGCCCUUAGUGUGGGUUGUGCUGAAAUAUCUUUUGCACAACUUGGAAAAUACGUAGGUUCGUUCAUCUACAACCCUUCAUCAACAAAUCAAUUGCAAGCAUUACCACAUGGACAAGGUACAUUUUUUUAUUCGAACGGAAAUACAUAUUCAGGACAAUUUGUGAAAGGAAAGAAGCAUGGAGAAGGGUACUUGGAGUUUAAAGAUGGAUCAAGUUAUAAGGGUGAUUUUUUGGAUGAUCUUCGUUGCGGUUACGGCGUCUACCAAUGCAAAGGAUAUCAUUAUUCAGGUUCUUGGGAAUUUGAUAAAAAGAAAGGACAUGGCGUUAUUGUCUACUCGAACGGUGAAUCAUAUGAAGGUAGUUUUGAAAACAAUCUGCCCCAUGGUAGUGGAAAAUAUCUUUUUAAGGACAAGUCGUUAUAUGAAGGAGAGUUUGAAAAUGGUUAUCCUCAUGGGAACGGCACCUUAUUUUAUUCAGAUCGAAUUUCCAUGUACAAUGGACAGUGGAAGUGUGGUCGAAAAAGUGGAAAAGCCCAUUUAAUUCUUCCUAAUGGCAGCUAUGAAGGAGACAUGGAAGACGAUUGCAAACACGGAACUGGACGAUACCUGUACAAAAAUGGAGAUGUUUAUGAGGGAGGGUUUGCACAUGACAAGAAACAUGGGCAAGGAGUUUAUUUCUUUGCACAAGGUGGAUAUCUAAAAGGGACAUGGCACUUUUCAGCAAAACAUGGACCUGCCUUGUUGUGUGCUCAAGAUGGAACUCUUUAUGAAGAAGUGUGGGACAAUGAUAUUUUAGUUUCCAAAGCGUUGGCUCACAAAUAA